AUGGACCCCUAUAAGACAUCCAAGCAUCUAUUGGACCCCUAUAAGAGACCCAGGCUUUUAUUGGACCCCUAUAAGACAUCCAAGCAUUUAUUGGACCCCUAUAAGAGACCCAGGCAUUUAAUGGACCCCUAUAAGACAUCCAAGCAUUUAUUGGACUCCUAUAAGAGAUCCAGGCGUUUAAUGGACACCUAUAAGACAUCCAAGCAUUUAUUGGACCCCUAUAAGAGACCCAGGCAUUUAAUGGACCCCUAUAAGACAUCCAAGCAUUUAUUGGACCCCUAUAAGAGACCCAGGCAUUUAAUGGACCCCUAUAAGACAUCCAAGCAUUUAUUGGACCCCUAUAAGAGACCCAGGCGUUUAAUGGACCCCUAUAAGACAUCCAAGCAUUUAUUGGACCCCUAUAAGAGACCCAGGCAUUUAAUGGACCCCUAUAAGACAUCCAAGCAUUUAUUGGACCCCUAUAAGAGACCCAGGCAUUUAUUGGACCCCUAUAAGACAUCCAAGCAUUUAUUGGACCCCUAUAAGAGACCCAGGCGUUUAAUGGACCCCUAUAAGGCAUCCGAUCAUUUAAUGGACCCCUAUAAGAGACCCAGGCAUUUAAUGGACCCCUAUAAGACAUCCAAGCAUUUAUUGGACCCCUAUAAGAGACCCAGGCAUUUAAUGGACCCCUAUAAGACAUCCAAGCAUUUAUUGGACCCCUAUAAGAGACCCAGGCGUUUAAUGGACCCCUAUAAGGCAUCCGAUCAUUUAAUGGACCCCUAUAAGAGACCCAGGCGUUUAAGCGACCCCUUUUUUUAUUCCCAGGUGUCUAUCGUCCCCUUGUAG